UCAGUCAGUUGAUAUCUGGCCGUGUGCACAGAAAAAAGCAGCCGCGGCCGCCGAAGCCCGAGAGUCAACAGGUCUUCUAAAUGUGAGCAGCCACCGAGAAUCCGCACGCCGAGACCGAUUUAAUUAAUUCUUCUGUGAUAUUUUCUCCGCAACGCCAACAUCAGCAACCAUAAUUGUUACGCGCUUUUUUGCCUGUCACUCACAAGUCCGUCUGUGUGUUCGUGUUUUGCCCCCAACAAGCAAAGCCAGAGAGCCCUUUUCUCUCUCUCACUCACACACUCUCUCCCGUGCCGUUAAAAAGAAGAGUCUUUCAUCCAACAAACACACACGGCAAACUGCGCUCGUUCCGCUUUUUUAGUCGCGUUACGGACACGGAAAAGUAGACUGUUCCAGCGUAAUAUAUGAUUGUGUGGUUUGAAUUCGUGGCCCGGUUGCAAACACACGCUUCCAAAACGGAGUCGGCCACGGGAAUAUGGUCUGCCGUCUCCCGCGGUUUCGAGAUUGUAGUAGCCUUUUUCGAGUACUAUUCCACCACUGCGAGAGCUCAACUAGAGACUGCGGGUACACCGAACAAAACACCUUCAGGUACAUCGUCAAAUCUUGCAGGCACUUCCAUACCAGAGGGCAAAUCGGCAGGAGCAACAUCGCCGGCACCACAAAACAAGGCGCUGCAAAAUGUCAAGAACGAACACCCUUCGAUGGCUUUCCUACAGAAUCGCUCUAUUUCACUCGUCGACAUGUACAUUGACAACUCAGAGCCUUCGGAAAACGUCGGCCAGAUACAUUUUAGCCUCGAGUACGACUUCCAAAACACAACACUCAUCCUCCGCAUCAUACAGGGAAAAGAGUUGCCAGCGAAAGAUUUGUCCGGGACCUCUGACCCCUACGUACGUGUCACCUUGCUGCCUGACAAAAAACAUCGCCUCGAGACCAAGAUCAAACGACGAACCCUCAACCCGAGAUGGAACGAAACUUUUUACUUCGAAGGAUUUCCAAUACAAAAGCUGCAGAGCAGAGUUUUGCACUUACACGUUUUCGACUACGAUCGCUUCUCAAGGGACGAUUCGAUAGGAGAGGUUUUCUUACCUUUAUGCCAAGUCGAUUUCUCGGAAAAGCCCUCGUUUUGGAAAGCACUGAAGCCGCCAGCCAAAGACAAAUGUGGCGAACUGCUAACCUCCCUCUGUUAUCAUCCUAGCAACUCCAUUUUAACGUUAACCCUUUUGAAAGCACGCAACCUCAAAGCGAAGGAUAUCAACGGCAAAUCAGACCCUUACGUUAAAGUAUGGCUACAGUUCGGAGACAAAAGAAUCGAAAAAAGGAAAACGGCCAUCUUCAAGUGUACUCUGAACCCAGUCUUCAACGACACUUUCAGUUUCAACGUGCCAUGGGAAAAAAUCAGAGAAUGCUCUUUAGACGUAAUGGUCAUGGACUUUGACAACAUUGGACGAAACGAGCUCAUUGGAAGAAUUUUGCUGGCUGGCAAAAAUGGUUCAGGUGCAUCAGAAACGAAGCAUUGGCAAGACAUGAUAACAAAACCUCGACAAACCAUCGUACAAUGGCAUAGGCUCAAACCCGAGUAGUUGAAGAGCAAGAGAAUCCUCCCCCAGCAUCCACUGUGCAAGAUACAAGCGUACCACCAAGUUUGUCUUUUCAACGACGCAUUUUGCAAAUUCCUUCAGUCGUCUUGAACUCAUGAGAGUAAUGAGAUGCGCUCCAGGGCAAUGUUCUCUAGGAAAUCGGCAGAGUAAAGUCAUGCAAAAGCUCUAGAAAAGAUAGAUUCACUGGUACGCAAAAUCUAAAGCGAUGUCUGUGUUCCUUGAUUAGCGUAAACCUAGCCUAGGCUGAGACGAAAACUCUGAUUGUAUGAAAAUUAGCGCGUAAUUAUUCAGCCAGUCAGUCAGUCGUCCCCACCCGCGAUUAAUUGUCCCAGAUAAAACUUGGAACUUGCCGAAUAUACUGAAAGGGAUUUCAAAAUGCAGGAAUAAUGUCUCACUGUAAAAUUGUAAGCAAGACAGACGAACACAAAAUGCGAAUGAAAAUGCAUAAAAACACACUCACUCUUGUAUCGCAUUGGAAUCUGUUGCAUUGAAGACAAAUAUAUUGACAAAGUAAUUCAUACAUAUAUUUUAAACAGAACACACGCAAGAAUCGACGCUUUUUAUCCUGCAAAACGUGAAAUGUCCAAGCGAAGCAAUUUUUGGCGCCAAAAAUCAAAAUUUUGUGAGCUACUAAAUUAAUCUGCGCCGCCAAAACGUGGAAAUCGCGAAGGAAUUUUACGUUUUGCGAGUACAUGUACGUUGUAAAACGCAUUUCGCGCAGAAUCGCAGCCUUGAAUUUAGUUUCACUUUUACGUUUCGAUUUUCAAGAAUCUGGAACAGAGCGGCUUUUAUUAGAGAGGACGAUUCUCCGCGAAACGCGCAACGAUUGGAACUUAUAAUGUAGAAACUAUUCGAAUAGUGCACAUGCAAGCAGAUGAGAUCGAGUGUCGUGAAUGGAACGAAAUUCAUUUAUAUAAGAUUGCUCUGAGAUGUUGAAUAGGAUUACAGGACAAGUAUUCCCUGUUCGAAGAGUUUUUCCAAUUGGCUAAUAGAAAUAUUGUCACUGGACAGUGUAACCUUUAAAAAUUUCUCUUCUUGUCUUUCAAGUAUAUUCAGAAAAGCAAGGGGCUGUAAAAUACUGUAAGUCUUAUAAUCAAGAGCCAAAGCGUUUGUUGGUUUUGUGAAAAUCAGUCAACACAACCUACAUGCAAAGCAACGAGAUGUUAAGUCUAUCUAGAAGCAUACAAAAUUUGAUAAUGAGAUAUGUUAAAAACUUAAAAAAGAAAAGGUAUCGAGCAAAAUUAUUUAUUGUUAGCAGUAAGUAUGGAAAGUGUAAUUAAGAUUCCAAAAAAACACGAUUAUAUUUUAAUAGAAUAUUUCUAGUGUGUAUAAAGAGAUCUCUAAAUUAAUAUUCUUUGUUAAGAAUAGGUUGAACACACAUUUGUAAAUCUGUGCAGGUUUGGAAGGACUACUGAAAUAACUGCUAAGGAUCGUAAAAACAUUUAUCAUCACAAAAUACACGAAAAGACACAUUUUAUACUCCUGAUUUUGUUCCGUUGCAGAUCAAAAGGUUCAUUUAGCGCGAGAAAGUUGUGUUUGGUGUUGGCGAAAAACAAAUACUACCAGCAUUUCUGUUGUUGCAGCAUUAGCAUUUAACAAGAAAGAUCAAUGAAAGUGAUUGUUUUAGAUAUAAAUGUGUCGUGGAUUAUUAUUACUGCUGUACUAUACACAUACAAAAGGUGUUUAUAGCCACCCUUUUGAUUACACUUGUCUGUGUCCACCAACUUUUGAUUUUUCUGGAGCUCCUCGCGCGUAAAAAAGUAAAGUUGUCAAACUGAAAUUGGAAAACCUAUAAUCACAUCAAAAGAUUUGUUAGCAAAAAUUGCAAGACAGCGUUCUUUUUCUUCCACCUGAAGACUUCUUCCUAGUUUAACCACAGAGAAGGCACAAUAAGUACAAUACAACACGCCAAAAUCAUAUGAUACAUUUCAAUUUUGAGACAACUGAAUUUGACGAUACGAUUGUUUCACGGUAUCAGCGUUGAGCGCGGUCAUUUAUUUUUUAAUCUGCGAGAAGAGUGUAACGCUCGAGAGAAAUCGACCGAGAUCUAAAAAAACACUCAUUUUUCUGUGUUGAAGCAACAGUUGAAAUUAAAAAUAAACAAUACACGAUGAUAAAGAAGUUUCAAUGUCUUAAAAUCUGUGAUAGUCAAAAAAGGGUUAUCUGUUAUGAUUAACUAACUUAGAUUAUUUCCAUCUAGUUUACAAGCAGAAAUGCGCAAGUUACAAGCCUAGUUGAAUUUUGAAUGCAAUCGCAGAGGCAAAGAUUGACAGACAACUGAUUGGUCAGAAUCGACGAAAAUGAAAAGCACGACGUGCAAUUUUUGCCUUGCCGGUUUUGUAACAGUUUUAGGUGGUGUAUAUUUUCAGCUUUUAAUGGCAAAAAGCAGACAUUUUAAAAAUAUAUCUAGGGGGCCAAAUAAAUAAAGUGAAGAGGAGAGAGCAUCAGCAUAAUAUGUAAUUAUACAAAAGCUAGAGUGUAUUGCUGUAAAAACCAUUAAUUAUUACGACUAUUCUUGUUGAAAAUUAUUAUCUUAACAAAAUGUAAGUACACGAAUUAAAAGUUAAACCGUUGUUGCAUCGUCACCAUUCUAAAAUGUAUUUGUGUAUUGCACUGAUAUAUGUGUAUGUACUGUCUAAUAGUGUUUGAAGAAAUCGUAUAAUUUAUUCAAGGAAACGCACUGAAAAAAUUACAAAAUUUAACCCUCAGUUCCAACCCGCAGAGUUGUAGCAAACGAUCAAAACGAUGAAAACAGCUGAUCAGUUAGUCGUUCAACUCGUUAUUAUUUACCGAAUUGAGGAUGAACAAAUAGGAAAAACAUCAAUGUGUAACAAACGUUAGUGCCUCUUGUAAAUGUAUUACGAAGAUAUAACAUAAAAUACUUUAAAGACAGUGUGUAUUUUUCAGUUGAAACCGUGUGAACAGUAAAAACAGGUUUUCCAUUUCAAGAGUAAUAAUCACUGUACGUUGCAUGCCCAGCUAAGUGGAAAUUUCAAUAAUAGGUGUUUGUGUAGGAGAAAACCUAAAACCAGAUGAAAAGUAAAAAAUUUAGUGUUUUACACUCUCUGAAAACGAACAACUUCGGCAAUUUCAUAACUGUUUGUGGAACAUGAAAAAUUUUCUUUAAAAAGACACUUCUUGAUUUUCCAUUAAAAUACAUUGGACACUCUUGAGGAGCUCAGAAAAAUCAAACCCCGCCUCUAUGACUAUAUUACAUGAUCUUAAUUUCGGAAGACUUAGGAAAACAUCCCAGGUUCAUUGUAAGAGGUUUAAUUUUAGUUUGUACUGUGGCGUAUGAAUAAACUGUUUAACCUGUGAUUUAGUUAAA